AUGUUAUCGUCUAUCGUUUGGAGUUUUAUUGUGGACGGUGGAACUUUGCAUGGACGGUGGAUGUGCCGGGCAAUUUUAAUUCCUGUGAAGCAAAAUCGGGGAACCAACAUACCAAUGACUGCGAUGGAGAUAAUUUGCUCUGUAUGUGUUCUUCAUUGGAUGCUCCCUCCACCGCUAUCGGAUUUUUUUGGGUUGUUAUCGAAGAAAUCAGAAAUUGAAGAUUUUUUUUGGUUGUUAUCGAAGAAACCAGAAAUUAAACCCAUGUCUCCAUCUCCGAUUUUGCUUCCACAUAAUCAAAUACGUACAGCUGCAGAAAUCUAG